AGAGCCUUUAUCUUGACAUUCGCGAACCCAACUCACAUUAACCAAUAGAUCGGAAAAUCAUGAUCCAAAAGAAAACUCAAUUGGGUCUGAAUAGUUUCUCCUUUAAAUUCGAAUUCCUCCAACGGUUAGAAUUCCGGCUCCCAGGAUAAGAGCACUCGAGCCAGUGAACAGACGGAGGGGGAGAGAGAGAGAGAGAUGGGUUUGAAGAAAGGAAAGGGGAAAUCAUCGCCGGUAAAUGGAGAAUGGAUUCCUGGAAGAAGCACCGAAAACACUGAUCAUUGGGCUUUUUUGGAAGAAAUCGAAGCCCCGAUGUGGGUAGACCUCACAUUGGAAGCUCAACUCAUGGGCAAAGACAUGGAUGAUGCUUGGUUUCGAACAUCCCAUCCGAUACAUCAAAUGUCAUCUCGCCAUUUGAAGUCAUCCUUCCCUUGCUGUGUCCAUGGAAAAGAAGAUUCUCCCAAAUUACUUUGUCACUCUCCAAAGCUUCCUCACUCAGUCUCACGGUCAAGAGGCAAGCAUUACAAGAGCAGGAAAUGGCUAGGGAACAAGAACGGUUAUCUGGGGAACAAAUCGCACCCUGUCAGCAAGUUAGGUGGAAAAGGUUUGGGGUGUGUAACAACAAAGAGUGCUAGUGGCAGUAGUUCAACAAGCACACUGACAACAAAUACAUCUAUCAGAAAAUCUUCAUCCAACUUCAAAGAUAUGAAACAUAAUUAUGGUUUCAAGUCAAAUUCCAGAUCGGAAGCAAGUUCAUCGAGCAGUAUCGUAUCUAGUUACCAAAUUUUAAAACCCAAGCCACACUCUGGAGGUCCAGAAUACAUGUUUGAUGCUGUACCAGCAACUUCUGAGGUAUCCUGCAGAACUUCUGACAUGGCAAGCAGUUCAAAUCUGAGAGGCAGUAGCAACACAAGAUGCUGCUUGAGGAGAGAAACAGAGGUUGAAAGGGUUUUGCAGAAUCGGAAAUCUUCUUCAAGCAAAUCCAGUGUUGGCUCCUCUUAUAGCCUCAGAUGCAAACUCAGGGACAUCAGUUUUACUGCAAUGCGGAAAGAACAGAAAAUUACUGAGAGAAAGACUGCUACAAGAUCAGUAAGUAUAUUAAGAAUGUCUGAAAGACAAAACCCGGAUAGGAAUUCAAGUUCCAAGAAUCAAAGGAGAGUUGAGUGCAAUAAAUUAGUCUGUCAGGAAUCAAAAUCAAAGAACUUGGCUGCAACUGCACCUAUGAAGCCUUUACGUUUACUUGACAAGUCCAAGCCAGUGAAAAAUGGAGUUGUGACAAAACAAAGAAUUAUCUCUAGUGCUGGAAGGUUCAACUCAGCUGCUGCUAGUGAUAGAGAAAAUGUAAAAGAAGGGAAAGUUCAGAAUUUGAAAGCCGUGAAACAAGGAAGAGAUGUGAUGAGUAGAAAUGGAUUGAUAAAUCAUAAGGGAAAAACUAAUGGAGCAAGGCAAGAGAGGAAUUUGACAAAUGCAGUUUCAAAAACUUAUUUUCGAUAGUCUGCUGCGUAGCUCCUAUGUAUAUACUUUUUCUUUGGUAUGGUUAAAAUCUCUAAUGUUUUUUUUUUUUUAAAAAAAAAUCUUUCUUUCUUUAUUCCUUUUUUUUAAGAAAAAUAAGGGUGGACUGCCACCAGUAUUUCAGGAAGAUGAUGCAAGAAUUACCCAUGCCAACCUUUAGGGAAAACCAUCUUUAGGUUCAAAUGUGGAACCUCUUUCCUUGUAAAAAAGAAGGUGCAAUCACUAAUCUACUGUAUAGAUGACUAUAUCAAAAAACAUGAAGCAAUUUUGUUCCAUAUGUCAACUAAGUGUACAUCCUUGCCAUUGGUAAUGGCAAUGCUAUCUUUUAUUUCA